CCGUGGCCUGUGCCCCGGUCGGGGGGAGGGGGUUGCAGCGGCAUCUGCGCAUGCCCGGUGCGUGCGCAGGGCCGGCGGCGGCGGCAGUCAUGGCGGUUCGGUGCGUGAGGUUGGCGCGGCGCAGCCUCCCGGCCUUGGCGUUGUCUCUGAGGCCAUCUCCCCGGCUCUUGUGCACAGCGACUAAACAAAAGAACAAUGGCCAGAACUUGGAAGAGGAUGUGGGUCACAACGAACAGAAGACAGAUCCUCCCUCUACAGAGAAGAUGCUCAUGGAAGAGAAGGUCAGGUUAGAGGAGCAGCUGAAGGAGACGAUGGAAAAAUAUAAGCGAGCUUUGGCAGAUACUGAGAACUUGCGGCAGAGGAGCCAAAAAUUGGUGGAGGAGGCAAAAUUAUAUGGCAUCCAGGGCUUCUGCAAGGACUUGUUAGAGGUUGCAGACAUUUUGGAGAAGGCAACACAGUGUGUUCCCAAAGAAGAGAUUAAAGAUGACAACCCUCACCUGAAGAACCUCUACGAGGGGCUCGUGAUGACCGAGGUCCAGAUCCAGAAGGUGUUCACGAAGCACGGCUUGCUCAGGCUGAACCCGCUGGGGGCCAAGUUCGACCCUUACGAACACGAGGCCUUGUUCCACACCCCGGUGGAGGGGAAAGAGCCGGGCACGGUGGCGCUAGUUAACAAAGUGGGGUACAAGCUGCACGGGCGCACCCUGAGACCCGCCCUGGUGGGGGUGGUGAAGGAAGCGUAGCCGCCUCUGCAGGGUUCUAGUGGGUUUUUGGUAAUCUCUUGCUAUAAUGCUUAAAGGCUGGUUCGUCCUUUCUUGUCUGUGAAUAUGUGACCUCCUCCGAAACCUUUUGGGAAAGCUGUAGUAACCAGUGGGAUAAACAGAAAAUAAGCCAGUUGCACAGUUGCGUUAAUGAACUCUUAAUUCGGGAGUCUGUUCGUUGAUUUUCAGUACACGUCGAAUAGUUCCACACGCUUGCAGGACAGGCCGACGGGACACUGCCGGACCCUCGAGUAUCAUGAAUAAUGCUGUACCUGCUCAGACUGCUGACGUCUGAGCGUCUGAAAUGAAGGAAAGGUCUUCGGGAAGCCUGCCGUUUGGCUGGCUGGCUGCGCCCAGCUGCAGCCUGUGUCUCUGUCUCCCAGUAGCAUGCGGGUUUCCGGGACCCUGGGCCCGUCACAGCUCAUCCAUCGAAGGAAAGGCGCGCGUGUAAACCUUGCUCAGAAAGAUUUGAUGGUGCCCCCCUUGGUGGAGAACAUAUGUGAGUUCAUUUACAAUUAAUUAGUUACUAGCUAGCUGCUAGAAAUGAUCAACUUCUGGCUUUUCUUUGAGAUGUGAAAUGAGGACAUGAACCUUAACAGUUCUCACCUCCUUAUUUUGCCAGUAACUGACUUUGACAAAAUCAGUUACUUUUGCCUUGUCAUGUUCACAUAUUUGUAGAAAUGUUUAAAUCUAUACUCAACUAGUUACUGAUGACCUGAAGGUAUUUUCCCUAGUGAGAUGGACUUUCUCAAAAUCUGAGGACUGCACGCUUGGUAUAAUUUAAAUGUUAAAUGUUUAAUUUUUAAAUUUUAUUUAAGAGGAUUAAAGCCCUCAUGUUUAUUUUCCUA